UGCAUCACUAAGAAUGCUUUGCUCUUAAACUUACACGAUUCUAUUCUUACUGAUGCUAAUGGAAGAAUUGGAUCCAUUGUUGCUAACCAUCAAUUCCAAUUUGAUGGUCCACCACCACAACCUGAUUCUCUUUACACUUCUGGAUGGUCUAUCAUUAACCAGGAUGGUAAUUACUUGUUGGCUCUUGGUAAACAAACUGUCUUCUGGGAAUGUGCAGCAGGUGGAUUCUUUAAGUUAUAUGAUGCUUCCAUUGGUGCUCAAUGUAAGCAGGUUGAGCUUGUUGUGUUGAAAGCUGAUUAUUGCCAGAAAUGGUAAUUUAACAUGUUUGGUAUGAUCUUGCAGUUUAAUGUGUGUUUAAUCCUUGUUUGUUUUUCUUCGGUUUCGUGCUUUAUUUUAUUCAUUUCGGCAUUGUUUGUUAUUUAUGUUCAUUUGUUUGGUUUAAAUCUUGAUUGGUUGCUAGUACUUGCUGUAUUUUCUUGGAAGUAUUUUAGCAUUCCUAAUUUCAAAUUUUGUUGAUCUUUCGGUUAUAUUAGUUGAAGAGUUCAGUGUCUGUGACUAGCAAUUAAUAUCAUUUCUUCUAUUUAUUUUCCUCUAUUAAACACACAAAAGUUAUAUCUUGUAUAUAUUUAUAGGAAUUAACAUACUGCAUUU